AUGGACAACAAUGGCUGGGGCGAAUAUGAAAGAGCAAAAAAACAAGAGAGAGGCUUUUCAAAGAGGGCAGAAAAUAUACUGAAGAAAGAGCUGAAGGAAAUGAGAGAACACAUAAUUGGCCUUGCUUUAGGUACGUUAGGCUGGAUCCUGUGCAUCAUCUCAAUGGGACAAAUGCAUUGGAGAGUGUGGCAUACAAGUGAUGCCACCAUCAUCUCCUCUGGCAUCGCUUGGGUAGGAAUCUGGAAAGUUUGUUUUAACAGUCACAGAAAAGUUUCCAGAGAACUUUGGAUAAUGUUCUGUCACAGAUUCUGUUUCAAUGAUGCCUUCAUUCCCCAGGAAAUUUCUGUUGCCCGGGUGCUUGUGUUGGCUGGUAUAGUCCUGGGGGCACUAGGAAAAGCUUUCACUGUCUUUGCUCUGAGGAAUAUUUAUACUGGAAUUCUUCUCAAAAUUCAGACUAUCAGCUUUUUUUCUAUCUUGAAAAUAUUUGUGGGUGUCUGUGUCUUAAUUCCAGUGCCCUGGAAUUGCUAUUCUGUAGCAUACAAUUGUGCUAUCCCAUUUCCUCCUUCUUUCUACAUGCCUUCCAGCUCAGAAGCACAGGAAGCUGGCGCUGCUAUUCCUGUUGGGAUCACGUCUGUCAUCUUGCUGCUGAUGAGUGGGACCUUUUCCCUUUCUUACAAACAUCCUGUGAUGCCGGAUGUUACGGUGCUUUCUGAUAACAGACUUGAGCUGCAUGAGAGAAAGCUGGAGCAUAGCUACAAGAUAAACAUAGUAGCCCAGUGA